UCUUCCUUAUCGUCACGCGGAGUACCACAACCACCAAUUCCCUAUCUCUUCCUCCCCGUUUCUCAUCUCCAGCCGGCUCACGCCUAACCGCGCUUCCAUCUCCCCUCUCCACUCUGGCCAGAUGUUGGCUUCCAUCUCAACCUCUCCGGCCAGAUGCCGCGACCCCUUGAAAUUUCUGUUGCCCAAGCCCAGCUGCCACCAGGGCACUGCUGCGGGGACCAACCUGCGGAGGCAGACAAGAUGCUGAUGAUGGCCGUGAGCACUGCGGCUGUUGCGCCAGUAGCAUUCAUGGGAGCGGUCGGUUGAGCACAUCCUCACCGACGGUGCUUCAAUCGGCAUGGCAGUCUGCUACAAGCGAUGAGGAUUUUUGCUACCACCGGCAUCGAGUCACGCCGGAACCGGAGUCUCGGCCUCGCCAUGGCUGACGACCGCCGUGUGGAAGCUUUGCCCUGUUUUUGCUUCAACCGGCAAAGUGGGGAGCUACAACUAGCACCGCACGGUGCUGGGACUAGCUGUUACUGUGCGCCGGCGAUGGCAUAGCUGCAACCAGCGGGGGCCAUUCAAUGGCGGUGGUGACAACGCCCCCGACGGAGGUGCUGCACCGGCAACACUGGAACUAGUUUUUUUUGCUGCAACCAGUCUCAGUUUUUGCUACUACCGUGUUCGUAUUUUGCUGGAACCAGCCCGAUUUUGCUACCACCAUCUUGCUUUUGCUGGAACCGGCGUCUCAUUUUGCUUCCACCAUGUUGUUUUUUUGUUGGAACAGUUGUCUCAUCUUUUUGCUUCCACCGUGUGUUUAUAUGGCUGGGACAGGCACAAGUUUUUGCUACCACCGCUUUUUGGCUGCGAGCGACGUCAUCGCUCAUUUGAUGCUGCAACCGGAGACAAGGUCGGUCGGCAAGGGAGACUACUGGCGACCAGAAUGGCCGGCGAGGGCGGCGACCGGAGUGCAUGUGCAGCCAGCGAGACAAAAAGGAGGGACGAGAUGCAGAGAAUCUUUUCGUACGCGCGGAAGCGGAAGGGAAUGUUUUUUUUUUUUGUUCGCAUGGACUUUUCUUCUGCCUCAUGCUGUUACGGACAUAAUCCAAGGGCUACGCGUCCACCGGCCGAAACUUUGGGCCGGCGCGCUGGCGCCUAGUACUGCCCAAAUAGGUCAAGGGAAAGAUUUGAAAAGUUUAUCCAUGUGUAUUCUACUAGAAACCGUUAACACACGGGCAACCUGUUAACCCGUUAACACCGAGCUCAUGUCCUUCCGAAGUCAACAACCUGUUGGUGCGAUAAACUCGUCCGAUCCACACCAGAAAUCAGAAGGCAAGCGAGGUUGGGUUAAGCUUUAGCCCUAAAUCCGUGAUCACCAUCUUGAGGAAUCAAGAUCAAAACUCUGUUCCGCUCAUAGCUUCACCUCCCUCGCCCAAUCUGCAUGACACCAUGGCCUCGGCAGCUGAAGCUACAGCGGCGCAGGAUAUUGCAUCAAUUUCCAGCAGCGAUGGCCAACAGCGGGCUGUGAUAUCCGAUACGCUGUUGCCCCCAAAACAAGGUCUUGAGAUCUACAUCAGAACUAGUUUUGCAGUAAUGGCAGCUUAUGCGCUGUUGCUUAGGAUCAGUACAAGGUACAUCAAAAUAGCUGUGAUCCCGGCUAUCAUACUAGUUUUCAUUGGCGCCUUGUGGCGCAAAUUCUGCGUCAAGGGAAGGUUGCGGCAUAGCACCAAUGGAAUGGCUAACUUGGCAAGUGGCAGCGGGAAAUCUCAGGGUCUGCUACUAAUGUUCUGCGCUUGGCGCUCUGGCAUUGAUGAUGGCCACACUGCCGAUCGGAUCCAGCCCAGGUGUAGCCCAGGCGCAGCAAGCGCUUCACAGGACCUUCACUGUGGUUCUUAUGAUAUCUGUGCACACCGUGGCUACAGAAUGGACAGGCGAAGACAUGGUACUGAUUUGCAUGCCGGAGCUUAUUGCGGCGCUUGUGUGGUUCACUGCUAAUUUUGAUCACGGCGGAUGUACCGUGUCCGUCAACAUGACAACAUCAGUUAAAUCAAGUGUCAUCGCUCUCGGUGGUGCUGUGACUCUGGUAGCAUACCAUAGUUCCAAGUUUUUGAACGAGAGUGAGAUACCUGCUGAGUACUGGUACACAAGGAUCUUGCGCUGCGGUACCUUAUCGGGGGUUCUAUCCUACUUUAGCGUGUGGAUGAUCCAUCAGUGGCCGGGCAGCACUGCUAGCGCGAAGAUGCCCGUUCAGCUCCUCGAUUUCUCUGCACUUUUUUGCUUCAGCACAUCAGCUAUUCUGAUUGCUAACCUGUGCACUGAACCAGGCUACAUGGAGUCUCUGUCUGCAUAUAUGACGAUGCUAGGUCAAUGGGUUAAUCCCGAACCAGGAAAUAUUUCAGAUCGUGAAGCAAUUAUAUGUUCAGCGCUAUGUAUCAUGUUCCUAUGCAUGCUCACCUUUUAUGCCUCCGGGACUGGUACAUUUUAUGAACGCAAUAUGAGCAGCAAAUUUCGAGACAGUUGGAGCAGACUCAGAGUCAUAGUUCUGGUUUUUUGUGCCCUGGUGCUGACAAGUACGUUAACGUCAUAUAUAACGUACACGUUGACAAGACAAGACCAAGAAUAAUUUGAGCUCAUAUCAGCAUGCCAAUGACUCCAUGGCGUUGAAGCAGCUUGAGCUGGUCUCGGCUGGUGGUGUGUGAGAGCAGCUCUGUUUCCAUUGUCAGUAGAACUUUCAAGUCUCUGUGCUGGUUUAGCCAUUGGAUCAGCUGUUGUUGUUGCUACAGCUUAGAGUGGCCAGGUUCCCUGCUUUUGUGCCGCCUCUGCUGCGGGUGGAGACGCUGUAAUGAACCGUCUUCUUAGAAUGAGAUGCAUUUUGUUUGCGUUGCUGCGACUUGCCUUCUCCUGUUCCAUCGCCGUGGCGUCAAUCGUCUACCUGAACCCUCCUUGAUAAACCCCUAAAAAUGCUUCCUGGAUAGGCAGGCUACGGCGCAUGAGCAGUGGCGAAAGCAGGAUUAGUCAAAUUAGGAUGUUGAAGGGGGCGGUCAGAGAAAAAAUAAUGAAAUCAGCGCUGUUCAUGUAAAUAGAUGAAUGUAAACCUGUAAGUAGAUGAAGAGAAGCGUAUAUCAGAAGGAUCCACCCUGUAAAUACAUGAAUGCAA